GUACCAAUAGAAGCAGCAACAACAAUGUAAAGUUGCCCAUUAAUUGAGGUCUACACAUAUAUUUGGGGUGUUUCCUAGAAUUUUAGCUGUACAAUGCUGAGGUGCAACACUCUCGUUAGAAUAUCUGCUGCCGGUUUUACCGUCUAAUCGCGCGGAUGCCGAAGCGGCCAACACGCAGUCGUACCAGGCCCUCUUUCUUACUUUCCGUUUCCUCUGCGUCAGCGGCUGCCAGGCUGUAUUAACAGUCGACGUACAACAACCUGUCGUUAUCUGCGUAUACUGCUGUAGUGACGGCGGCCGUCCCUCCAUAUUCGACGGCCUUCUUCUAUAAAAGCGUCGCAACCCCGCGAGAUUCUUCGUCAUCGCCUUGGCCCACAGCGGACCAUUUGAGUUGGGCACUCCGCCGAACUAACAAACUAUACUUGAGCUCAUCUAGCCUCAUAUCCCGCCGUUGCACUUUCCUUUUUAUUUUGUAGGUUCUUAAGCCUCUACUUUGACCUUCGGAGAACUGCAGUGGUAUCAUUGAUUUGCAUAACAAUGAAGGCCUUCGUGCUCGCCUUAGGAUUGCUCGCUGCAAAGGCGUCCGGCCAGGAGUUUGAUAGGCAACGCGCCUACGGCGGUUCGUAUCGUCAGCAGAACUCCUACGCUAGCGCCGGGUCGGCCGCACCUGUGUCGUUAACUGGCAGCGCGUCAUACGGUGGGGCCGCCUUGGCCACGCCUGUGACGGUGGCUGCUGCUACGCGUCAGCCCAAAGUCCAUGAAAUCCACACUACUUCUGAACGAGAGGUAAUCCGCGUAGAAGAGUAUAAACGUCCUCGCCAGAUUAUUCGUAUACACGAAGCGCCUGCUCCGGCUCCUGAAAUCAUCCGCGUUCAGGCACCACCUGAACCUCAAAAGGUAAUUCGGGUCAUUCAGCGAGCUCGGCCUACCCGCGUGCACUUCACUGAAGCUGAACCUGAGGUGCAGGUUGUUAAUAUCCCUAUCCGCCAGGUCCAUCAGGUGGUCCGUCCGGUAGUUCACAACGUUGCCGUCCCCGCUCCUGUACAUGUAGCCGCUCCUGUCCCAAUUAUCGAGCGUUCUGUUACCGUGGAUGCUGCUUCUCCCGCAGCGGUACAGACGUUUAGCGCGCGCACGGUACCAAUUCUUCAACAAUCGAUAGCAGCCGCGCCCACUGCCCGUGGCGUUCAGGUGUUCUCUGGGUCUCCCACUCCUUCAGCGCCAUCUUACAUCUCCCACUCUAUGGUGCCAGCACAGGUGUCUUAUUCUGCCCCGACUACCUUCUCCUAUAAUGCUGCCCCGGCCAUCGUAUCCGCUCCAGCCAUUUCGUACGGAACCUCAUAUCAAACCUACAACUCUGGUUUCCACAAGAAAAAAUCGUCUGCUAAAAAAUCUGCUUAAUUCGCUAAUGUCUCCGUUCUUGAGCGCAUUGCGUAGUCGGUAUUAAAUUAAAAUCACUGUGAAAAUUUCAAUGCAAAUAACCAAAUAGUAGAAAUCUGAUAGACAUUUUUUUUUCGAAAGAACUUGUUUUGAGAUGGAUUCGCUCUCCCAUUUAUCGCAUCGUCGUCGUUCAUUUCUUAUUUAAGGGUGAAUAUACAUUGGAAAUACAUACAUGUUUCCAAUAUCCCAGUUUGUGCUUUUCACUUAUUCUGGCACAAGGUGCAUAUCUUUAGAAACUAAAUAUUUACGAAUUUUUUUAAUCACAUUAUUAUCUUGGCGCCAUACGGAUCUGCAUAGCGGUGUGUAAAACAACAAACUAAUAUUUCACUAUUUUUUGUGAAUUUACAAUGUCUUCGAUAUUUCCCGUUUUGUCUUAUUUUUUUGUAAUGAUUUCAACUAUAAACACAUAUGACUGUUAGCAAGCAGCGACAGUGUUGAGCGCCGCGCUAGCUUUGCGCUGGGUAGAGGUCUAAGCAGUUCAACUCAACGAUCGACAAAGGCAGACGCCGCAAUCGUCUUCAGAUAACGGCUAAGUACCGAAUAGAUACUGCAAUUCGACGUGUUGAUAUUUAAAAAGAAAUAAAUAUAGAUUAUACGCGCUGUUGGCCUGGAGCCAUAAACAAAAAGGCAGCCAACUCAACGGCCGUUUAUCAUCAUCAACAAUGGCGGUCGUAGUCAUCGUCGUACCAUCAACGAGAUAUCGUCGUUCUUGCCACAAUCAGCCAUUGCCAUGAUAGCCUGUGACACUUCUUUCUCUUUGUCAAGGUCGCCCUUAAGCCGUUUGCCGAUCGAUUUUUAUUUCGACAUCGACCAUCUAUUUUCCUUGCGUAUACGAUUUACACCGCUGUAAACAUUAAAUAAGAACCGAAUCGGCUUCGUUUAUCAGUUGCUUCUUCAUGGUUUCGUUUGUAGUUGAUGAUGACGCUAAUGGCGAUGAUGAUGAUGACGAUGGUGCGUUGCAUUUCUCCUGACGUUGCCUUUGAAAGGAUCGGCGUUAGUUGCGGUGCUUCGCCGUCGGAUCCCAAUUGGCGCACGGUGCCUCCAUCACAAGCACAAACUGUUCGAACAGCACGAACUGACAAAUAGGAAUAUGAAUAUACGAGAGCCCGCCACGAUAACGAAGGUGAGGUAUGAAGUCGUUUUCAAUCGACAACGAAUCAUUGACGGUUUAAAAUCAACUAGGAACCCCAAACAGAGCGAAGUAUAACGGUUAUCGUUUUUCUAGUGGUUAAUGGGCGUCGUGUUGGACAUUUUCUUCAAUGACGACGUCAUAUACAAGGCCAUUACGAAGUAUUAACAAAACUGGGAUAGCUACGCUGAUGUGUAUGGCGUUAUCAUUUACGAAUCUCUAUCGAGAUUUUUUUACAUGUCAGAGAGGAAAAUAGAAAGACAAGCGUAGACAAAAAAGAAAUGAGAGAAAGUUUGAAUGUGAAAUAAAAACGAUAAAGGUAACCCUUACGUUUAACCUGA